GGGCAGCGGGCCCUGCCAGUACCGCCUCCGCCGAUGGACCCGGCCGGCAGCAUCGCCGGGCCUUUCCUAACGACCUCUCGCUGGCGACCGAUGCCGACCGCCUAGUUCGCUGAAGAGCAAGGGGCGAGCAGAAAUGGCGGAGAAUCCAGGAGAACCGGCGCCUCGGGGAGGCGAAACCCCAGAGACCCCCCGGGGCUUCGGCAGACGACACCUCCAGGUCCUGCUCCUGUUCCUCGCCAUUGCCAUGGCCUACGGCAUCCGCAUCAACCUAUCGGUCGCGCUCGUGUCCAUGACCAACGAGAAGAGGCACGACGCCUACCAGGUGUACGACUGGGCGCAGUCGACGCGCGGCACGGUGCUGUCGUCCUUCUUCUGGGGCUACUCGGUGAUGCAGGUGCCGGGCAGCAUGCUCGUGCAGCGCUACGGCCCCCGCCGCUUCCUGCUCGCCUCCAUCGCCGGCUGCUCCGUGCUGGCCAUCCUCACGCCGUACGCAGUCAGCCUCGGGGGCGUCGCCGUCCUCAUCACCAUCAGGGUCGCACAGGGAUUGCUGUCCGGGCUCGUGUUCCCCUCGUCGCACAACAUGCUGGGGCGGUGGACGCCGCCGCUGGAGCGCCCGCGCUUCACGUCCAUGGUGUACGGCGGCAUGUCCAUGGGCACGGUGGCCGCCAUGGCCGGCGCCGGCCUGCUCUGCAGCUCCCAGCUGGGCUGGCCCUCCGCCUUCUACGUCCCGGGCGUCAUGGGACUGCUGUGGUGCAUCCUGUGGUUCUUCCUGUCGGCAGACACCCCAAGGCAGUGCAAGGGCAUCACGCCGGAGGAGCUUGCCUACAUCGAGCGCAGUCUCGGCACCUCCGCGAUCUCCUCGAAGUGCGUCGCCAAAGUUCCGUGGAAAGCCAUCCUGACGUCCCCGCCGGCGCUCUCUCUCCUCGCCGUCCACUGCGGACAGAACUUCGGCCACUGGAUGCUGCUCACUGAGAUGCCCAACUUCAUGAAGACGGAGCUUCACUUCGACAUCAAGAAGGACGGGCUGUUCUCUGCGCUGCCCUACAUCAGCCUGUGGCUCGCCACCUUCGUGGUGGGCUGGACGGCGCAGCGCGUCAACGAGAGCGGGCUGCUGUCGCUGACCGCGUCCCGCAAGGUCUUCAACUCGCUGGCGCACUGGGGCUCGGGCCUGGCGCUACUCCUGCUCGCCCUCACCAACCCCGGGCCGUACGGCGCCGUGGCCAUGCUCACCGUGGCCGUCACCCUCGAGUCGUGCAUCUUCGCCGGCUUCUACGUGAGCCACAUGGACCUGUCGCCCAACUUCGGCGGCGCGCUCAUGGGGCUCUCCAACGGCUGCGGCAGCGUCAUGGGCAUCCUGGCGCCGCUCGUCGUGGGCGUCAUCCUGGGCGAGAAGUCGGAGGAGGAGAUCGUGGAGACGUGGUCGCGGGUCUUCAUCCUGACGGCGUCGACCUACUUCGCCGGCAACCUGGUGUACGUUCUGCUCUGCAAGGCGGAGGUGCAGCCCUGGAACGAGCCCGCCGACAAGGGCCAGCAUGAGGGGAAGGGCGAGGAGGGUGAGGACCUGCAGGGCGCCACCCUACCCGUCGACGAGAGGGACGCCCGUCCCAAGAAGCGCUGGUCAUGGCUGUGCGGGCGCUGAGCCCCGCGGGGGGUACAGGCUGCGGAUACCCCGGACGGCUGGGACGCCCGGCGGCAUACCCCGCGCUGGCGCGGAGUUACCACGCCCCACGUCUCCUGCUACCGCACACCUCGCGCCCUUCCUCCCGAAAAACCUUAAACAAAUGUAAUUUAAUAACGAUAUGAUGUAAUUGUGUGUAGAUGGCAAGAAGUUUGUAUUUUUGCCAAUCGAUUGUUUUUGCGUCGUCGCAUGGCUCGACUUCAAUGCUCUACAAUUAUUGAACUCGUGCCAAAAGAUCACACUUUGACAGUAUUUUAGACGGGGACAAUCUGUCGUACCGCAUAUGAACCUCGAAACGCUUUUACCUUAUGAAUUGAGUUGGCCUCAAAGGUCCGUCACUACUUCUUAGGAUCUGACAAACCCGCAAACAAAAAUAAAAAAAGUAAUAUAAAAAUUA